AUGCUGGUGCUCUGGGACGACACCUACUUUGAGAGGCUAUGGUGCAACAUGGAGAUGGCCACCUUCGCGAAGUAUUCUGGGAGCCCGCAGAGCAUGAAGUUCCUGCCAUUGUGGCUGCCUUCAUGGCUCCUAUCUUCGAUUCUUCUCGAUCUGCUUGGGGUCAACUUCCUUCGCUGCAUGGAAGAGAGUCCAGGCCUCGAAGGCGUCAUAAAGAAGUGCAUCAAGCUUGGUGAUGUCCUCUUCGGGGCGUCGGAAGAGGUGCACGACUUUUUCCACGCAUUUCUUGAGGUCUUCCCCUACUUCGUCUGCUAUCUUCCGGUUGCAUUGCCCACGAUUCUCUCCUUCAGAAACAAGAUUCAGGGACACCGGCUGAUGCUCGAACAGAUGGCGAGCUUCGACCUCCGGAACGCCAAGUGCUCUGUUGAGGCGGAUCGGCCGCUGGUGGAAGAACAGGUUGCUUUGCAUUUCAAGCCAGAGAUUGACACUGAAGUCAUUGUUGCGGGUGCCUCUGGGCCAGAUCCAGAAGCAGUUGAGGCUGAGUCAUCGAAGGAGGCGGCGCUGGAGAGGUUUAACAGCUAUGUUCAAGGGCCUCUUCGCGCCAACGUCCUGGAUUGCAUCGGGGAUACCCGGGACGUGCCUUUGCCCUUGUGCUACCUAUGCUUCCUGCCCAUGUCCACGUACUUUGCGGUCUCCGUCUCGCCGGUGGCCUUUCAGGGCUGCGACAUAUCGCCUGAAAGCCUGGGAUUCUCCAACAAAUGGCACAUGAUGGCGAGCUUUGGCAUCGGCUGGCUUUUUGCCCAGCUGCUUGCGUAUCCCGUCACUUUCCCAGUGCUUCUGCGCCUCCUUCACAAGGUUCUGUGGGGCUGCGCCAUUGCGGCGAGCAAGAGGUUGACCCUUGCCUGGGUCACCGGCUACCUCCUUGUCUUGGGCUUUAUGAUUCUGCAGCUCUGGUUCUUUUUCGGGCCCAGGCAAAGCUUGGGCGCCAGCAGCUGCAGGUGCUUGGAGUACCGAGGUUCCUCUUGGGUCUGGUAUGUCAUGUCGUGGAACUAG